CAGAACUGUGCAACUUGUUUUAGCUCAUCAUGUCCACGUGUCGUAUCUUGGCGAUGUUGGUCGUAUUGGCCGUUUUCAGUCACAGAGUUCAUAGCCAAAUGGUUAUUCCAUGUAAUAGAGGAAGUGAAUUUUGUGGGCAUCCUGGACACGACGUCUGCCCUCAGGACUCUGGACACAAAAUCGGUUUUAUUUGUGAAAACGGAGCGCCGUGCUGUAUUGGUUACGACCCUUGUUUAUGGGCCAUUAAUUGUAAUAGACCGUCGCUACCAUCAGGUAUGCAAUUUGGUAUGCGACCAGGUAUCAAAGUAGAUGACAAAGAUGCUGAUGAAGUAGAGGACUAACACGAUCCAUUUGUGGCUUCUACAGAUGUCUGGUUGAUAAGUAAAUCUGAUACACACUAAUUAGUGGUUUGACGUUGAUACGUACACUACGAUGUAUAGGAACAAAUAAGAAAAAUGAACUGCAAUUUUUAUAGUAUUUGUUGCUUAAAGCUGUAUGAAAUAACAAAAACAUCGGACUACAUUUGGUUCAAUUUAAUUAGUUCUUGUCAGGUCAGAGAAACACGCAAGCCCGCACGACGAUAUUUCGGAUACACAUAAUAUUAUUUAUACCAUGUUUGUUUGUUUUUUGUGUUUUUUUAAGAAAAACAAUAUAAGGAUGACUUUAGCCGGGCACACGGAAAUAUUCACUAGACUGUCUUUGGUUGCACACCACCAUUAAUUUUUGCAUGUAUUUUAAUACAAUGUCCAUGUCCGAAUAAAUUCUGUGAGAAAA